AUGAAACGCUUCCGCCCGCUCGCCGCGUUCGUCAUCGCGCUUUUGGCCACGCUCACCCUCAACACCGCCGCGCACGCCCAGAUGAUGGGCGGCCUCGGCCGCUCCGAUCCCGUUUCCACCGCCGACAUCCAGGACAUGUCCGAGUUCCUGAGCUUCACCGACGACCAGCGCGCCACCGCCCUGGACAUGCACACCGCUUACCUCUCCACCUUCGAGGAAAACCGCGACACCCUCUACCAGGCCAUCAACGCCAUCCAGGAGGAAUUCCAGCAGACCCAGGACAUGUCCAUCUUCGAGGAGAUGCAGAAGAUGGUCGUCGAAUUCGAGAAGACCUCCAAGGGCGCCGCCGACCGACUCUUCGAGGACAUCCAGCUCAUCCUCACCGAAGAGCAACUCGAGAACUGGCCAGCCUUCGAACUCCGAUCGUUCCGCAAGCGCACGCUCCCCACAGUCUCCAACGGCGGCAUGAACAUCUCCGGCGCCACCACCGACCUCAUCGACAUCUACGAGCAGCACAUCGAAUCCGACGUCGAAGACGACGACGUCCGCGAAUCCCUCCUGCCCCUCCUCGCCAGCUACGAGCGCGAGAUGGACGCCGUCCUCCACGAAUACGUCGAAGUCCGCAACGAGGUCACCGAGGACUCCCUCGAGAUCGGCAUGGACUGGAUGGCGAACAUGGACAAGAUCGACGAGAUCAUCAAGACCUACAUCGGCGCCGCCGUGAAAAUCCGCGACAUCAACGACCGCUACACCGGACGCAUCGCCUCCAUCCUCUCCGGCGACACCCGCAAGUCCUGGGAGAACGAAUUCAACGUCUCCGCCUCCCCCAGCGUCUACACCGACAACUACAUCGACCAGUCCUUCAACGCCGCCCGCGAGCUCACCUCCCUCACCGAGGAGCAGCGCGAGCGCGUCGAAGAGCUGCGACGCCGCUACCUCGCGAGCGAAUCCUCCGUCAACGCCAAGUGGGCCGCCGCCCUCCGCGAAUCCGAGGAAAACCUCAGCUUCUCCGCCAUGAUGCAGGGCCAGAUGCAGUCCCCCGAAGUCGGCGAACUCCGCAAGGAGCGGGGCGACCUCGACGCCCGCACCUACGACGAGCUCGCCGCCGUCCUCACCGAGGAGCAGCGCGAGGCCCUCCCCGCCAAGCCCGCCGCCAACUGGCGCGACCGCUUCCAAUUCAACACCGGCGGCUGA